UGGGAAUGGGUCUAAUGAUGUGUCCUUGUUCUUUUCUUGUCAGGUAUUUAGUUUAAGCAGACAUGUCCUCUGAGGCCACGCCCAUCGAGGCCAAGCGACCCACGACUCCUCCACUCAAGUCUCCGGGAUCGCCAUGCUCUCCUCGCUCGCCAUCAGACCUAAGACCCCCUGCGUGCAGACACAGAGAACGCUCCCCCUCCCCGAUGAGAGGUUACCUCAUCCCCAGCCCCCUGCCCACCCGCCGCAACCGGACCUUUUCUGCGACUGCCCGGGCAGCUGAGGGCCCCAUGUUUACUGGUGUGUGUAAAUGCUUCUCCCGCUCCAAAGGCCAUGGCUUUAUCACGCCAUCGGACGGCGGCAAAGACAUCUUUGUCCACAUCUCUGAUAUUGAGGGCGAAUACGUCCCGGUGGAGGGUGACGAGGUGAGCUACAAAAUGUGCACCAUCCCCCCCAAGAAUGAGAAGGUCCAGGCUGUGGAGGUGACCAUCAUCCACCUGAAACCCGGGACCAAACACGAGACCUGGAGUGGCCACGUCAUCACUGAAUGAACGCGCACAAAUCACGUGGACAGCAACACCAGGAUGAAUCCAAUAUGUCUGUUCUUCAUUGAAUAUGGGAUGCAACUGUUUGAAAGAAGCAUAUAAGAAAUCUGUAGUUGGACUCAUAACUUGUUCUGGAUGAGUGAAUUUCCCAAUGAGAGUGUGAAUUAAUUUUAGCUACAGAGUAUUUAUGGGUUUAGCAACAUUUGAGACUAACCUUGUGAGGAAAGCAUGGAUGUACACGUUCUCGUUUUAAAGCACAGAUGAUUUUACAAAGGCUUUGUCCGUGUACGUUCUGACAGUAUCCAGUGCUUACUCCAAACAAAUGUCCCCUCUGUAGCUUAAAUGAUUUUGUUUGAGUAGUCUGUGGGUGAAAUAAAGCAUUUACAAGAGG